AUGAAAGCACCAUCAAUGGCUCUCCUCAGAGCCUUCUCGCCAAUCGCGCGCUCAGAAGCUCUACCUUGGACAGCACGAGGAUGCCCAGCCCUACCGCAAAAGACCAACUUUUCAACCACGGAGCAACGACAAGCAAGAUCGAAGAAUGCUGGACCCAAGAAAGAUCCUAGAAUUACCCAAAUCCGCUACCACCUCUACCACCCUCUAACCCCCCGUCCCCUUCGCUUCUCCCGCACGCGCGCCCUCCGUCACUGGACCAUCCACCGCGCUUGGCAACGCUACCUCGACAUGCAGCGUCGACAGAAAGAACUCGCCCUAGAAAAGCAAUACAACUCUAUGGCUGCGGCCUGCGAAGCACUCCGGCUCAUCGAUGCGCAUGGCCUGACCGCCGAUGAGAGGACCAAGAUUGGAGAGACGGAGACUAAAGACGAAGGGAGGCUGUAUCGAAUUGCUAUGUUGAAGACGGGAGUUUGGGAUAAGGUGCCAAUUGAGUAUGGGAGGAUCCAGACGGAGACGCCGCCGAGGAAGGGGUGGAAUCAUGAGUGGACGAGAUGA